AUUGUUGUUGUUUACACAUCUAUUCUCUGUAACCGUAAAAAUUCAGAACACGCACGAAAUUUUACUUUCGUUAUGGAUGUCAAUACUUCAAGUGAAUGAAUUUUUCGCUUCAAGGAGGCGUAAACUUCCGAUUUGUUCCGUUGGUUGCAUCUAACUGUUUACUAAAUUUCCUUAUAUAGGGUCAACGAUCCUCGGUGCAGAAAAUGAAUAAAUAUGAAGUUUUUGAAAAUGAGCAAGAAACAGAAUCCCACAAUUUCAAACCAGAUUCAGAAGUAAUUGAUGUUAAUGUGGGCAAAACUAUGGAAAACAGUAGUGUGGCUAUACAUAUCUCGAAAUCUAAAUUGGUGGGACAAUCUCUCUUUGUUGAAAAUUCUGUCGAUAAUGGUGGCUCUCAUGUUGUUACUAUUCAAGACCCAGCAGAAAUGGAAGAAGUUGGUACAGAAGUUGGGUUUAUGCAAUUUCAAUUAAAAAGGAUAGUUGAGCAUCUAAUAUUCAGGGUGUUCAGUAUGAUAUUGAUCAUUGCAGAUAUCAGUAUUUUGAUUACCGCAUUAGCCAUGACAAAUAAAACUCAUGAACAAGACGAGGCUUUUGAAAUAGUUGCUAUAUGUUUUGUUGCUUAUUUCCUGUUUGAAGUUUUUAUUCGAAUUUCUGCUAAAGGGGCAAAAGGAUUUUUUAAUGACUGGUAUAAUGUUGUUGAUCUUGUUGUAGUAGUCAUUUCAUUUGUUGUAACUGUGAUUUAUACAUCAGUUGACCUGGGAUUUGGUUAUGCAAAACUUGUUGUUGUGGGGCGUUUAAUUAGAGUUGUAGGAUUUGUUCGCUUAUACACUGAAAGAAAAAAUUUGGUUAAAGGUGCUCGCCAAAUGGUAUCUCAAAAUAAAAGGAGAUAUCAAAAAGAUGGUUUUGACUUAGAUCUGACUUAUGUUACAGAAAGAGUAAUAGCAAUGUCUUUCCCAUCUCAUGGAAAAAUGUCCCUAUACAGAAAUCCUAUCAAAGAAGUGGCACGUUUCCUGGAUUAUAAGCAUAAAGAUCACUAUAAGGUGUACAAUUUAUGCAGUGAAAAGACAUAUGAUGAUACUUAUUUUCACGGCAGAGUUGAAAGAUUCAUUAUUGAUGAUCAUAAUGUUCCGUCAAUUAAGGACAUGGUGCGGUUUGUUAAAGAUGUGAGAGAAUGGCUAGACCAAGAUAAGAACAAUGUUAUUGCUGUUCAUUGUAAAGGUGGAAAAGGAAGAACUGGCACAAUGAUCUGUGUUUGGCUUGUUGAAGCUGGUCUUUUUGGCAGUGCUGAAGCAAGCUUGGAUUAUUUUGGAAAUCGUCGAACUGAUCUUUCAAAAAGUAAUAAAUUCCAAGGUGUGGAAACUCCUAGUCAGAAUCGUUAUGUUGGUUACUUUCAAGAAGUUAAAGAAAAAUUUAAAGGAUUACCACCUGAAGAAAUACCUUUAAAGUUAAGAAAAAUCAGAAUAACUGCUUUAGCUGGUAUAGGAAAAGGAAAUGGCUCAGAUAUCACUUGUGAAAUCUUUAAUGGCCGCACUAAAGUAUUUGACUGUGAUUUCGGAUCAAACAAGAAUUGCCAGGCUGAAUAUAAAUCAGAAGCAGAUGUAUUGGAAGUUUCUGUUUUAAAUUGUCCUAAUCUUCAAGGUGAUGUUAAGCUUAGGUUCCAAAGCUCAUCUAAAGGAGUUCCUAAAGGCUAUGAAAAUUGUCCGUUUUACUUUUGGUUCCACACCAGUUUUAUAAAAGAUUUUAAGUUGUGUGUGCAAAGAGAUUAUUUGGAUAAUCCCCACAAGCCGAAAACAUGGAAGGUGUUUAGAGAGAAACUUAGUAUUGAACUGUCAUUCACUCCACCUGAUGAUAAUCUAUGAUGUCAUUAAAUUAAAAUAUAAUUAUAUAUGUACUUUAAUGGCCAUUAAUUAUUUAAGACAAUGGAUAAUAAUUGUUAAGGGUUUAUUUUCAUCAUAUUUAGUAGCUACAUAAGCUAUAAAUUGAUGCAUUUUAUAAGUUUUCAUUGCUUGCUGAUUGGUCAAGAGGUAUAGAUAUAAUAUUGAUAUAUAGUAAGAAUUAUACAAUUAAAGCAGGGUAAAAAAAUUGCUGAGCUUAAUAUAUUGCAAAUAUAUAUCUAAAAAAAUUAUUCUACUUUUAUAUAUAUUUGCUCUAAAUAUCUUUCCUAUCAAUAAACAUUGCUUUUAAUUUAAGCUACUAUUUUUAUACUCUAAAUGUUCAUUUGGAAGGCAUAUCAUUUGUAAAGUAUAUCAGACAGCAUUAAAAUAAUAAAAGUAGAAUAAAUUAUCAUUUAAAUCAACUUUUUUCCUUUAAUGAUGUCUUUUAAUGUAUGAGUUUUAUUGACUGCAGCUGUACAGAUUUUAUAAUGCAAAGAUCUCAUGUUUCAGCUAUUGUAUAUUUUCACUACAAAGUCUCAUUUUUAUGUUAUUUAUUGUAUAAACACUAUUUUUAUUUCAAAUAUGUAAUUUAUUUCCAUAAAAGCUAUUUUUGUACAGUUGUUGCUUUUAUGUGAUUGGUAGCUUAAAUAUUUACUUUAAAUUAUUAUUUAAAUGUGGUGUUUUUUUUACCAGUUAUAACAUUCCAUACAGUUCCUAAAUUUACUUAGUAUUUUUCAAAUAUUUGCAUUUAAAUGUUUGCUAUUUGGUGAUUGAUUUUUGUUUCAAACAUUUUAUGUGAAGUUAAAAAAAAUUGCAGUGUAAUAUUUUGUUUACAUUUUGUUGCAUUAGUUUUUACAUCAGUGAUUUUAUUAAUAUGGUUUAUAUUUUUUUGUAUUCUUUUUCAAAAUAUGCAGCAAUAUAAAUGGUCACCUUUCUUUCAUAAAAAUAAAAUUUUUUCUGAGAA